CCUGAAUUCCUGAUAAACUUCCCUGUUUCUGCCUGAUUUUGAGUCGCAGUUAUCUUUCUAGUGAAUUAUGUUUCGUAUUAUCUCUCUUACUUCGCCGUAAGUCCAAAGUCUCAUACUCGGAGGUCCUACAUCCUUCAUUAUUUGGUGUCCAUUCACUCAUGCAUGAUGUCAUCUGAAAAUCUCAAGUAUAUCUAUCACCUCCCGUAUCAUGUUCGGAAAAAACUGUGCACUGUUCUGGAUGUCAAUGACAAAUGGGAAGAGUUAGGUGGGAUGCAUAUGGAAUUGGACAAUGCCUGCUUGUAUCACAUAGGUCAAGCUGUCAAGAGGAAAAGUUCCCCAACUAAUGAGUUGCUGCAGUUGUGGGAAACUUACAAUCAUACAAUAGAAGAAUUAUUUAUUCUCCUGUCUCGAAUGCAGCACUACCAAGCCAUGUCCAUUUUGAAGCCUUAUGUCGAUCCCAAGUAUCAUAAACUGAUUUUUGAAGGAGAAGAAAAUUUAAGCAGGCUCUUAUUAGCAGACAAGUGUGAGAAUAUAGCUCCGCAUCUCCAACAGGGUUACACUGAGACCAAUGAGAAGAAGAAUCUAGACCUUGAGGGUAAUCUGAACAUCCAAAAAGAAACUGGGGUGAAAGAUAAACUUUGUCUUCCAAAAACAGAAAAUAAGAUAAGUAACAAUAAUGAUCAAGCAGCCAACAUCGAAAUCCCCAAAAAAACGACUGAUUUAUCUGCAGCCUCAUUCGCAGCUGAGGCUUGUACACCAUGUGUUCCGUAUAAAGAACUAGAAAUUGCGACCAACAACUGGAACUCUUCGAACAUUCUAGGUCGAGGUGGCUUUGGGACAGUGUUUGUAGGAACUUGGAAAAGCACCAAAGUUGCCAUAAAAAGAUUGGAGCCUCAUAAAUCUCUAGGAAAAGGAGCAAAUUUAGAACUCCAAAAGCAGCUGUCUUAUCGAGAAUUGAAGUACCUGAAUGACUGUAGACACGAUAAUAUUCUCGCAUUGUUUGCAUUCAGCACAGAUGGUGACCGUUUUUGUCUUGUGUACCAAUAUAUGCUCAAUGGAUCUUUGGAAGAUCGUCUCUUGUGCAGACAAAAUACCAAGCCAUUGACAUGGUCUCAGCGAUACAACAUUGCUCGAGGAACAGCUCUGGGAUUACAGUUCUUGCAUGAUCGGAAGCCACCUUUAAUUCACGGAGAUAUCAAGAGUGCAAAUAUCCUACUGGAUAAAUCCUUUGAGCCAAAAAUUGGUGAUUUUGGUCUUACACAAGAAGGACCUUUGCAACAUUACACAAGUGUCAAAGUCAGUAAGGUGCAUGGUACUAAGGCGUAUCUACCCGAAGAAUUUUUCAGAGGCAAAAAGUUCUCUGUGAAAGUUGAUGUUUACAGUUUUGGAGUGGUUCUAUUUGAAAUUGCAACAGGACUGAGGGCAUAUGAUGAUAAGAGACCUCAAAAAUUAUUGCGAGACUUUGUUCACGAGUAUGACAAAAGUAAAUUGCAUGAGCUUCUAGAUCAUAAAGCGGAGACCGAUGAGUUGAAGGCUAGCACUGGUUUUCUUCAAUUGGGUUUGAUCUGCACCCAUUCCUCCGCCAAACAGAGAUUAGAAAUGUUCACAGUUUUAACUCAAAUUGAUGCCAUAAUUGCCACUCAAAAAAUCACCUCGAGGGCCCAACAAAACCUCCACUUAAUGCAGAUGAAUACAUUCACGCCUUCAAAUCCAUAUGAAAUGCAACUCAUGCAUGAUUUCUUAAGGCAACAGCAUCGCCUAUCAAUACCCUCACCUUCACCCUCCACAAGAUCCAGUAGUCCAGGAACUGUAAACGCUCCGCAAAGACGAAGCUCCUCACCUGCUAAACUGACUCAUGUUCAGGGAACCAUUUUUGAAGAAGCAGCACCACUCAAACCAGACGAUGGAGUCAGCAUGCCUACCAAUAUGCUACUUCAACGAAGAACAAUUACUCCGCCGAACACCAAUGCUUCCCUCCAACGCAAGUCUGGAGUUGCUUCAAUGGAGCAGAGUCCUCGCAUGCCCCUCUCGGUCACUGUCGAUAGCUCUCUGUCUCAGAAUUCAAGUGUCCCUGCAUCCAAUCUACCUGCUUCGAGUCUCCCUACUUCCAGUCCCCUCGUAGCGAGUAUACCUGCAUCUAGUCUACCCACAAUUAGUCACCCAGCAUCAAGUUUACCUGCAUUCAGUCUUCCUGCAUCAAGUGGCUCGAUUCAGAAAUCGGAGCCUCCGGUUUCCAGUGCAAAUCAAGCACCAGUAUCAAGCGAUAUUGAAGCAAAAAGUUUACCAUCUUCAUCGCUACCCUCAAUUGUAGUAAAUCAGUUGCAGUCGAAUCAGUCUAUUGCGAUUGAACCAAAAGAUCUGUUGCCCAUCACAUCUAUAUCGACUCUUUACUCCUCCAGCGAUGAAAUCUCCUCUAUCAUUGAGCCUGAAUCUGACUCAGCAGGAGCUCUACCACCAGUUUAUGAAACUGACGAAUCUAAUCGAGGAAGUGAAAAUCACACAGGAAUUGAUAAAUCAAAUGAAAUUAUACCUUUAAUCUCGGCAUUGCUCAACUCAGAGGAAGACAUGGAGCUGCAGUCUUAAGACUCUUCACAUUCAAAUUCAUGACCAUGCUGGAGUGUCAAAGGCCAUCUUCAAAGGUUUGCUGAAGAAGUUUAAAAUGAUAAAUUUUUUUCCUGUGUAGGUCUUUUUCUUACAUUUGGGAUAAAUCAAGCCUGAGUAUGUUCCUGAUCAAGACUUGUAAAUGACAAUAAUGUACUUGGCAGUACAAAUGGACAAAAGAAAAUUAUUUCUUGAAGUUGAAUCCCUUAAAACCCUGAUGUAGAUUAUAUCGGAAUACUUACCGUCUUCUUGCUCAUCUGUCGGAGUGACACAUUUGGUGUUCUCUCACUCCCAAUUUUAAAUCCUUCGAAUUGCUCUCAGGUGCUAUUGUUUCUUAGGUAUGGUAAGGGUAAAUGUGUAAAAAUGUAUAAUUUGAUCUGACAAAGUUGAAUGUUACCUCUUACAGAACUGUUCUGUAAAAAUGAAGGAUGAAGGAACCAGUUAUUUUCAUCCCAAUCAAAUUGCAGCCAUUGAGAACAUGCCAUGUGUCCUGGGAAGUCCAAAAAUAACAUUGUCUGACUAUUCUACUGUCCUCUGUGGAGCUUCACAGGGUCAACGUCCUUUAGUAGUUAUAUACACAAAUUAUCACUAAAGUUAAGAGAAAUGCCAGAUGGAACGACAAUUCAUCUUGUUUAUUUUCUUUAAUAAUUCCUCGCGUCCUUGCGUAGAAUUUACUAAUUUUUUGUUUUAUUGGUUGUACAGUCUUGUAAGCAUUUCCACAACAAUCGAUAGAAUGUCUUCAAAGGCUUCCUGUGAACAUUCGUAACAAAAAAUAAAUUAAAUAGACUGUACAUUUACUUGAAAUUUCGAUAAAAAUAAGUACAAAGACAAAAGAAAGCAGAGGGUCUCAGCUCUCACGUUUACGCGCAAAUUUUAAUAAAAUUUUAAAGAUAUUUUCAUAAGAAUGUAGCAUGUAAUAUCUUUAACAAGUAGAACACUGAAAUCCGUGAACAUCGAAAAAUCUGGGACAAUAGAUCACUCGAAGAGUUGUCCACUGUAGUUGCUGGGGGUUUCCUGAAGUUUUAGGCUGUAUAACUGCUGGUGCGGGCCUUCCCUUUUUUUUGGCUAUUUGGUUUCUGAUUAUCGGUGUUUUCUUGAAUCACAAGUUGAUUGUGUCGCUUGCUCCAGAUUUUCUCAAAUAUCUGACCACACACUCAUCAUUUUCAUGCAUGCGGUUCUUGGUAGGUGAAUGGACAAAAAUCGACCUUUUUGCUCCUCCGUCCGUUUGUUGACUUCGGCAGCUAGAUUGCAGUUUUUGAAAAAUGGGUCAUGUCCUCACCUGAUUGACUCGAGUAGGGGUAGGUUUGAAGGAGGGCAGCGUGCUCUUGCUUUUGGUGUCAUCAUUUUCAGCAUCAUGAUGUGAUGUAUCAUCGUCAUCGCGAGUUUUCAUUUUUGAGGUGGAUGGUUGAGAGGAAGGGUCUUGUCCUCACCUGAUUGACUCUAGUAGGAGGUAAGUUUGAAUGAGGGCAGCAUUUCCGCGACAUGCUUUCUGUUGCGCCGCGUAGACAACUGUGUUUCAAGGAAGUUAUGAGCACCCAAACAUGGUAUGUAGGGGAGAGGCGGGCAAAGUGGAAUUUUGCCUCUUUUUUUGUAUCGUGAACUAGGCCACAAAAGAACAGGGAAACGAGGUAGCGUGGAGCGGAGAUGAUCAGAGAGCCGGUGCUGUGGUCCUGCCCGGACUUGGGUGAGCUUUUGCCUGACGCCAGUAGCCCCCAUCAGUGCUUCUGGAAGAGGCAGGAGGGAUGCUUCGCGGCUGAUCGGCCUGGGGCUGCGAAGGUCCAGGUUGAGCGGAUUGAAGCCUUUGAUCUCGAGAGACCCGAGCAGUCCCCGGGGAUGGCGGACUAGCAGAAGUGAGCUCCCGUCUCCGAAACGCGGGACGGGGGGGGGGGGGGGGCGGCGAAAACAAACAAACAGCGGCACCGGGGGCAAACAACACUUUCACGACCUGCGUCCAUGAUAAAAACGGAAGUCUGAAGUAGAGUUACUAGCAGGCCCGGAUUUACCUUUUCAGCGCUCCUAGGCAAAUCUGACAAUCGCGCCCCUCUCAGAACGGACGACCGUACCGGGGGGGGGGGGCGGGGGUCCUCCCCCGGAAAAUUUUUAAAAUCGGACAUUUGAUUAACGCAAUAUAAAGCUACUUUAUUUAGGUUAUUUCAGAAAAAAAUUUGGUGGUUCAAAAGCCAAUUGUGCUACCAUAUUUUUCAAAGGUAUAGGGAAUUAAAAAAAAAGCAAAAUUAAACUAAGCAAGGCGAGAAAAAGUUGAAAAAAGUAAAAGGAAAAUUUUACUCACUAUUUUAUAAUGCUUUUUUCCUGGCUUUAUUUCUGGCAAAACUGUCAAUCAGAUCAUCGUAGUCAAUCAGUUCGGUGAUCCGCCGCUCGAUAGUCAAUAUUGCUAACGCUGUUAAUCUUUCAUUUCCCAUUGUUGCCCGGAGGUAAUUCUUAACACGCCGCAAGGUGGAAAAUGAGCGUUCUCCGGAACAGUUGGUCACAGGGGUGGAAAGUAUUAUACAAAGAGCUAUAUUUACAUUUGGGUAAAUUUCUGUAACAUCCCUCUCACGAAGAAAUUUACAAAGUCCAACAAGACUGGACGAUUUCCUAAUUUUUUUAUCACCCUUUUGCUCCCAUAGGAAUUCCUCACAUUGACCCGGAUAAGCUUUGAGGUGCAAGCACUCAUCAACCAAUGACAAUUCAAAAUCAUUUGGGUAUCGCAUCACAAGUUCAGUCGCUUUUUUUGAAAUUUCCAUACUGUCUUUCAUGUCAAUGUCCUCAAAAAAUCCAAAAA